AUGACUCCAGACUUUCUGGCCUCUAAUGACUUGGCUCAGUUUUCUCGCUGGCACCCCGUUAGAGAGUCUCUAGGUCCUGGGGACCCCCAUCUCUUCGCUGGGCGCUCACUGUGUCUCGUGCUCCUGUCGCCAGCGGACAUCUACGACCGCGUGUCCGAGGAGAUCGAGCGGCGGGGCGGGCUGGACUGCGAGUGUGUGGGCGGAGGCAGGAUUCGGCACGACAGCCAGGCCAAGAGGCUCCACGUCUACGGCUACUCCAUGGGCUUCGGACGAGCCAAUCACUCAGUGGCCACGGAGAAGCUGAAGGCUCGCUACCCCGACUACGAGGUGACCUGGGCUAACGAGGGCUACUGACGCAGUGGACCCGGCCUCUUUAGAAACGUGGUACCGGGAAGCCGGACUGAUGGGGUGUGGGGCGGACCGUGGGGGGGGUCCUGCACUCCAGUCCUCCUGGGCUGUGAGUCUGAGUUUGUCUGAAGCCUCAUUGACAUGAUCACCCGGACCCCCCAGUUCGACAGUUCGGGGCCUUUCCUGAAGCACCUCAAGGACACAAGAGCAGUGCCCUGUCUGGGAUUAACCCAUAACCCUCUUCCUCUGUCCAGAGUCUUGACCGUUCCUCCAUGCUGCUGCUGUGUUCUGUGUGUCUGUGAAUCAUGAGCAGUGGGAGCUGAGGAGGAGAGAAAAAUCAAGGGUUAACUGCAUCACUGUGACUCUCCUCUGCUGGGUGUGAGUGUGUGUGUGUUUAGGUUACCAGCAGCUCAAGAUUCCAAUAAAGGGAGAAAUUGGUUCAAUUAAGAAAAUCAUUUUCUUGUGUAAUUAAAAACAAGGUAGAGUGCAAAAGAGACUUGCAAAAGCUGUCAGACUGCAGCCAACAAGACUGCACUGGGCUGCACUGCACCCGACUUCCACCAGGUGGCGGCGUUUCACUUUUCUUUUAAAUUUCCAGCUAAUCAAGGGAGCCAACAAGUGUAUGUUGUAUGUUGUUGUUGCAUUUUUUUUGUGGAGUGCCAUAAAAGGAAAAUCAUAAUAAAGGGUUAUGAUUAUGCAGUAAA